CAUCCUUCUUGCUUCUCCUCGAUACCAUUCCGUCAAAUUGCUCGUCAUGGCAUCCAUUGCUGCCCGACUGGCAAGGAGCGCCAGGGGCGCACAGGCGUCGUCUUCACGAACGCCGUUCCAAGCAAGCGCCGCUUGGUCAAGAGCCAUUUCCUCCAACGUACCGCGGACUCAGGCAGCCGCGGCGGCAGCUCAGCAGACCGUAGCUCGCCCCGAACCAUCCCCCGCCUUUCAACAGUCACCAGCAUCAGCAGGAGCCACGCAGCUGCAGCGCGAUGCCGACACAGCUCUGGACUCGUCCUUCGUAGGCAUGUCAGGUGGUCGCAUCUUCCACGAGAUGAUGCUGCGCCACAAUGUCAAGCACAUCUUUGGUUACCCAGGCGGAGCCAUUCUCCCCGUCUUUGACGCCAUCUACAACUCGGACCAAUUCGACUUUAUCCUGCCCCGACGAGAGGACGGAGCUGGUCACAUGGCAGAGGGCUACGCGCGUGUGAGCGGCAAGCCCGGUAUCGUUCUGGUCACCUCGGGACCUGGCGCCACCAACGUCGUGACCCCGAUCCAGGACGCUAUGAGCGACGGGACCCCUCUCAUCGUGUUCUGUGGGCAGGUCGCCACCUCAGCAAUCGGCUCAGAUGCUUUCCAGGAGGCAGAUAUGGUGGGCAUUUCACGCAGCUGCACAAAGUGGAACGUCAUGGUGAAGGACAUUGCCGAAUUGCCCCGUCGCAUCAACGAAGCGUUCAAGAUCGCGACGAGCGGGCGACCGGGGCCUGUUCUUGUUGACCUGCCCAAGGACGUGACCGCGGGCAUCCUCCGACAAGCUCUGCCCUUCUCGUCAACGCAGCCGAACACUUCGAUGACUCUUCCCAGCCGCGCUACUGCUCGACCGCGCUUCUCGCACGAUGGCGCUCUCCGCCAGCAAGCUCUGCGAUCCAACACAAGCGAGACGACCGGCCUGACCUCCGAGAUGGAGGCUGCUGCACGCCUCAUCAACAUCGCCAAGCGACCCGUCAUCUACGCUGGGCAAGGCAUUUUGUCCAACCCCGAGGGGCCUCGCCUCCUCAAGGAGCUCGCACACCGCGGUCAGAUUCCCGUUACUACAACCUUCCACGGUCUCGGCGCCUUUGAUGAGCUCGACCCGCUCGCACUCCACAUGCUCGGCAUGCACGGUUCAGCGUACGCCAACUUGGCCAUGCAAGACGCCGACGUCAUCAUUGCGCUCGGAGGCCGCUUCGACGACCGAGUCACUGGUCGCGUAGACAAGUUCGCGCCUCACGCUCGUGCCGCGGCCAUGCAGGGUCGUGGCGGUAUUGUCCACUUCGAGAUCAUGCCCAAGAACAUUAACAAGGUGGUCCAGGCAACUUGCGCAAUCGAGGGCGAUGUCAUUGCCAACCUGGCCAAGGUUCUCCCGCACAUCGAGUCCGGUCCGGACCGCAGCGAGUGGCACGACCUCAUCGGGCAGUGGAAGAAGACAUACCCCUUCACAUACAAGCCCUCCGGCCCUGGCGAGCCUCUUAUGCCGCAGGAGGUCAUCGAGGAGCUGGACCGAGCCGUUGCGCACAAGAAGGAGGACGUCAUCAUCACGACGGGAGUGGGUCAACAUCAGAUGUGGGCCGCGCAGCACUACAGGUGGCGUUUCCCUCGAACAUGGGUCAGCUCGGGUGGACUGGGUACCAUGGGCUUUGGUGUACCCUCUGCGGUCGGUGCACAGGUAGCGGCACCGGACAAGACUGUCAUUGACAUUGACGGCGAUGCUUCGUUCAGCAUGACAGCCAUGGAGCUCCAAACCGCUUCGCAGUUCAACAUCCCGGCCAAGUUCCUCGUCCUCAACAACAGCGGGCAAGGAAUGGUCGUCCAGUGGCAGGACCUCUUCUACGACCAGCGCUACGCUCACACGAAGCAGACGAACCCGGACUUCUGCAUGUUGGCACGCAGCAUGCACUGUCAUGCGAUUUACGUGGCAGAGGGGGAUAGCAAGGAGGUCCUUGCGGCCAAGAUGAAGGAGUUCAUCGAGUACAAGGACGGGCCGGUGCUCAUGGAGGUUGCUGUGAACAAAACGGCACAUGUUUUGCCCAUGGUUCCUGCGGGGAGAGCACUGCACGAAAUGACGAUUGACAAGUCGUUGCCGGCGUUGCCAAAGGGGCCUCGUUGAGACAUGGUACUCUCUCUUUGUCCGUCUUGUCUCGCUGUAACAUGUUCGUCCUCGUUCUGUCUAUCGAUGGCGUUGCGCUGGGCAAUGGCAUCAUGCUUUUUCACGUUA